AGGUGCCACUACCUCCAGACUGACCAAUGCAAACCUUGAAAAGUAUUUGGGAGUAGCAACAUCAUCAAUACCAGGAAAAACGGUGACGUCUGGAAUGCACCCUAAACCCUAUUACUAAAAACAAUGGGGACCAGUGUAGUCUGCUUGGAAACACAGUGACUGCAUUACAGAAAGUGGAUGGAAAUUAUCCUUCAUUACUUCUGGAUAGAAACUAACUUCAGAAGAUGAAGCUGCCAGCUUUCCACAUGUACUGCUCCUGCUAACUCCGUUCUUCAAAGAGAAGUUAUUCCUGCCUAGGAUCCCUCCAUGGUUGAAGUGUUCCAGCUUGGUUUUAUGUAGUAGUUUCGGUUCUGUUUCCAAUGAAGAACAGCUCGGGCACCAUGCUGGACCUCAGCUUCUUGACGGAAGAGGAGUAUGAUAAGCUCAUGAAUGUCCUGCAGCGAGAUGCGGAACUACAGAAGAAAGAUGGGGACCGCAUCAGACGUCUCCAAGGAUCGUUAAAAGAUGAAAAAAAGAAAAAAUUUGUCACCGGACAAUGGUUUCAGGAUGUCAAGUCUCGACGUUUCCAGGAAGACUUACAAGGCUCUGACUUACUUAGAGCGUCCAUUCGGAAAAAGCGAAAUGCAGCUCAAAAUGUGUUAGAUUUUUAG